AUGUCCAAAGGAAAAUGGGCUCUCGCCGCCCUCCUGACCCUCUUUUGUCUUGAAUUCACCCAUUCUCGCGCAGUGAGUUUGUUCUUUUUUAUCAGAAAAUUGAGUGUAUGACGUCAUCGUGCUGUGCUGCCACCUUAUAAUCUUUUCAAACAUUCAGAGAGACGCGUUUAAAAGAGUCAAAAAAUUCCAGAUCAGAUCCUGUUCUGAAAAUAGAAACUGAUAAUUAAACUUUCAGAUCGACUCAACUCCUUCUCCGAUCGGUUUCGAUCAACCCGACGAAAAAGAAGACAAUGCCACCGAGGAAACUCUCGGCAACCCGAAAAAGGAAGACCUCGUCGUGCAUCUUGCCACUGUUCGGGUAGCCGGUCUUCGGUUAGAGGCCGCCUUCGAUGCUGAUGAUAAUGUUGUACUCGGACACAAUAAGUGAGUGCAGAGAGCUAACAACAGCUUAAAAUAAACUCAAAAUGUUUGAAGAAAGCACAAUGUCAUCAUAAAGCCCGAAGAGAAUGUGCGCGUUGUUCUCUUUGGUCAAAAUUUUCAAGAUGUCGGCGCAGUUUCGUUCACAGCAGAUGGAACAUGCACAGACAUGGAACACUUCCGCGAGGCCGACUUCUCUUCGAUGACGUUGACUCGAUUGGUUGUGGAAAUGGCAUUCCCAGAGUUAGCGCAUUCAUAAAUACCUGCAAAACGUUGGUUUUACAGAUCAAACGCAACUUCGUAUAAACUCUGCGUGUCUGAAAAGUUCUACGCGUUUCCGAGAUUCGCAGUUCUAGAGGAUCCAUUCACGACGGUGACGACUGAAAUUCCACCAGAGGAGCCAUUCCUUCCCUUGUACAUAUCGGUAAAUGAAUAAUUCUUGUUUCCCCGUAUCAUCGUCUGUUAAGGUUCCUGCACUCGUCAUUCUUCUGUGUCUUUCCGGUCUAUUCUCGGGACUCAACCUCGGAUUGAUGACUCUCUCUCCUUACGAACUUCAGCUGUACAUUGCGAGUGGAACGGAGCACGAAAAGUGGUGUGCCACGAAGAUUCUUCCACUCCGCAAGAAAGGAAAUCAACUGCUUUGUACAUUGCUCAUCGGAAAUGUUAUUGUCAACGUCGGAGUUUCUCUUCUUCUUGACAAGAUUCUUGGAAGUGGAGGCAUCGUUCUCGUGAGUGCGACUGCUGCCAUCGUACUGUUCGGAGAAAUCAUCCCGCAAGCGGCGUGCGUCAAGUGAGCUAGUUUUCCCUGAUUCUAUUGACUAAAAAAUCGUUUCUUUCAGAAUUGGACUCACAAUUGGAGCAUAUACGGUUCCGAUAACUCAAGUUCUGCUGGUCCUCAUGUGGAUCCUGACAAAGCCAAUCGCUGUGGUAGGAGAAAAAUGAUUUCUGGAAGAUUUGUCAAAAACUACUUCCAGAUCCUGGAUAUUUUCCUCAAAGAAGAACUGACCAGAUCAUUGGAGCGAAAUAAGCUGGUGGAAAUGUUGAAAAUGUCGGAGAAAACCGUAAUCGGCGGUACAUCGGACGAAUUCAAAAUGGUGCUUGGAGCACUGGAGCUGUACGACAAGACCGUCGCCCAUUCGAUGACCCGCUACGAAGACAUAUUUAUGCUCCCAAGUUCUUUGACAUUGGAUGCUCUUAUGGUGAACCAGAUUCUUGAGAUGGGAUACACUCGAAUUCCCAUCUUUGAAGGUAAGUAGAAAAAACGGAGCUUGAGUAAGCAGUGGGCUUGCAGGCGAUCCACAUAACAUCGUUGCUCUUUUGUUUGUAAAAGAUCUUGCUCUUUUGGACCCUAAAGACAAUCACAACGUCAUGAAUAUCGCAAGCAUCUACAAUCAUGAAGUGAGACGAGUUCUGAUUGACAUGCCGCUCCGCAACAUGCUGGAAGAGUUCAAGAAGGUGAUAAUACCCGGAUGAUAUGCUUCUUUCUGUAUACAUACAUUUCUAGGGAGAGUAUCACAUGGCGUUGGUCGAAAAGCUUGUGGAACAAGAAGACAAAGAUCCGAUCUACGAGCUGUGCGGUCUGAUUACUCUUGAGGAUAUCAUCGAGGAGAUCAUUCAGUGCGAGAUUAUCGAUGAGACUGACACAGUCUGCGACAACGUUAAUCGCAAGAAAAGACAACGGAAGAAGGUUAGCGUACCAUUUUAAACCUCCUUUUAACCCUGAUGAGAACUCUUCCUCAAUUGGUUCAGUGGUCUCGAGAAUUUCCUCGUUGAGCAUCAUCGACCACAUUUCAAGUUCAAUUGAAGAGAAAGCUUUCUGAGCAAACUAACUUGCUCCCUAUUUCAAAGCAGCUUCCUUCUAACAAUAACUCAAAAUGCUGAGCACUUUUGGAAAACACAAAAACUUUGUCUGCUCACCAUUCUAUCAAGUCAUUCGUUGAACCUCAAAACAAACCAACCAUCGUUUGAAUAUCUCAAGGACAUUUCUGCCCUAGUUUGCAAAACAUUUCGUGCCUCGAGGCUGCCUCUUUCUCUGCAGUGGGCUCCUUCUAGACCCUCCCCCAAAAGCCACGAGGCCUCACAUCAUUGUCUCGUGUGAUUCUUCGUCUUCUUCGUCUUUCUUCAAGUAGCUGAGGUGACGGAGAUUAUGCUGCAGUUGCCAGUGCCAAAUCAAGGAGGAAGGAAUGUCAGGGAACUUUCCUGUUAUUCCCUCAGAGAUGCAUCCAUAGCUGGGUCUUUUACAAGAACGCCCGUUCGCCAGAUAGAUAGUACUUACUGUCAUUACCUAUUUGCUUUUAUUGUUUUAAUGCUUCUGACAUUUGUUGGAAUGUAUUUCACUAUAUUCUUCAAGACGAGUGACACUGAAUGAAACAAGGUAAACUGAGAACCACUCAUUUUUUCUCAAACUGGUUAUUUCUGAGCGAACAUGUUACACGUCAACGUCUGAAUCUUUAGACAACCAAAAAAGUAGCGAACCAAUCGAGUUGAUGGAAUCAAGUUUUCUGGAAAACUCGAUUUCCGCACUGCUCGCGCCUUCUGUUUUCCCAUGCAAGCUUUUUAUUUCGCUUCAAGUUCGAGGAUCAUCUUUUAUAGAGGCAGAAUAAAAAAAAAUUGUAUAGCAAGAUCUCUGAAUAACAGGAUAGAGUCUGGUAGAUAUAAAACAGAAGCACCAAUAUAACAUACGGGAAAGAGAAAGAGCUAAAGAUGACUCAUGCCGCCAACGAGAAGCAGAAUUGUUCUCUAUUGUUCCCAAGACACAAAGAAUAUAAAAUUAUAUUUUGCAGAACCACGACAUGUCUCAAAUUGUAAAUACGGCCAACGUGAAGUGCGUGAUCAACAUCCAGUUGUUGGCUGUGACCAUUCAAGUCAUGAGUACUUGCCACUCAAUUUUCGGAAGCCCUUACAUCUUUCCCACCAUCCUCGAGAAACUCAUCCGAAAGAACUGCAAGAAGGUUUGUGUGCAAUCUAAUUGCGGAAUGCGUCGCUUCUCUAAUUGUCAUGCACGUCGUCAUUUAAGGUCGAGGCUACUCAGUUUUCGUGCCUCAAAGAGCUUGGCGUCGUGCAGCCGAAACCCGCCGCGCUCUACACGAAAGGAGAGUUCAGCAACAAGUUCAUCAUGAUUUUGAGUGGGCGUGCCGUGGUCACCAUUGGAAAGGAAGAAAUGCGGUUAGAAGCAGGAUCCUGGCACGUCUUCGGAACAGAAGUGCUUGAUGCCAUGGUGGCUGCCAUCGAUCGGGCUCAGGCACAGCAAUCAACAGAACGGUCCACGGUUUCUUUGAACGCGGAAGUCACGAACAACGUGAGAAUUGAAACAAAAAUAUGUACUUAUAGUUGUGUUUCUUUCAGGCUAUCGGGUUCAUUCCUGACUUCGAGGCUGUCAUUCUGUACGAAUGCAUUUUCUGCGAAAUCACUGCUCAAGAUCUUUUACUGGCCUACAAUUCUUCGCAAAUUAUGGAGAAGUAUAGCGCCUCACAGCAAUUCUAAAAUACGUUUAAUUUGAAAACUUUCAGCAAUUCGAAAGUACAAGUCGUCAGAUCCAACUCCCGUACCAGUCUUAUCGAAGAAAUCCCGAAGGUUAGCAGGCUGCUUGAAAAAAAUUAAUCAAAUCCAAAAAACUUCCUCAAAAACGUUCACAGUAAUCCCGUUUAGAAGUUUUUAAUUGGUCGCUGCAAAAGAAGAGGCACAUUUGUGUAGCUUCUCAACUGGUAAGGUAAACGUGUGUUCUUCUAAAAUCUUUUGAAUUUGAAAGUUAGUAUUGCAAAUUUGAGUAAAAAAAUUGGUUGCCAAAAAUGUGUUCAAGUGUUGUCAUGCCAUGCUUCCUCCCCUUAUAGACCUGUGAAAAGCUUCUCUUUUCGUUUCCAGAAAAUUUCAAUAACAUUAAUCGUUUUUCAGCAAUGCAUCACUCCCAUUCGAAACGGAAGCGUCAAGUUGCGGACGGUUAGUGAGGGCGAAACGGUCACACUUCUGACAGCCGAUGAGACUUGCAAGUUUAUCAAUGGGAACACUAAUUAG